ACUGGAUGCGAUGCGAAGGCCCUUUGCUCUCCUUCGCAUCUUUUGCAACAACCUCCAGAAGUGGGAUUUGCCGACUGCCGACCUCCACUAAGUUUCGUCAACUACUUCACUUUUCUCACAAUUUCGAAGUCGAGAAAACUAAAACACAAUCUCCAACCAAAGUAUCUUCUUUUUGUGUCUACUAAAACCAACAUCAACACAAUGGGCAACUCUCCGAGCGUCGACCAAGCUAUGAUUGCAUUGAAUGAAAUCAAAGUCCAAAAGGCCAAGAAGCGAAGCGGUAUGAAGCGCGCACCCCCACGUCGAAGCAAGAGCAUGGGCAAGAAAAAGUCCAUGGACUGUCUCGACAAGGGUUCCAAUCACAGCCGAAAGUCUGCGCCAGUGGAUAUCGGCAACAUGAUGGAUGACUAUGAUUUGGAUGACAUUUAUGCUAUCGUGAAAGAACUCAAGCGCAACGAUCAAGGACAGAAGCUGUUGGAUGAGUUUGUGGACUUCCAAACGGGAAAGUCCACUCGCAAGCCUCGCUUGCUUGAUCUUGUGGAUGACAAUUCCGACCGCAGUGAUGAUGAGUUUGCCAUUCCCACAGAGAUUCAAUUCGGCAGUUGAGAGCGAUUAUUGCAACCAUCCUGAAUUCAAAUACCCCUCUCCUAUACACCUACCUGCAUGCCUUUGAAUCGAAUCGAAUCUCCUCUUCUCUUAGACUACUCUCAAGUUCCAACCCAGCUAUCCCUUUAUCCAAUAGAGCCAUAAGCCAUUAACUGCACAUAAUACAUUGAAUCCAGAACAUAAGAACGAACCCUACUUUGAGCGAUU